GAGCAGCUGGAGGCUCAGAGAUGGGAUGUGUUGCUUUCAAAGCCCGUCCCCGAAGCCAAUCCAGGAUCCUGAUGCUGGGACUGGAUUACGCCGGGAAGUCCACACUUUUGUACAGGUUAAAGCUGAAUGAGAGGAUGCAAACUUCUCCCACGGUGGGGUUUAACGUGGAGACGAUGGGGGCCGGGAAGAAGGACUCGGCCACUAUCUGGGACGUGGGUGGCCAGGACCAGUUACGAGCUCAUUGGAAGGAUUACUUGGAGGGCACCGACGGUCUGAUCUUCGUGGUGGACGGUUCAGAUCGGACCCGCCUGGGGGUUGCCGGAAAGGAGCUCAGGCGCGUCCUGAACCACACGCACCUGACCGGUGUCCCCUUCCUGGUGAUUGCCAACAAGCAGGACCUGCCCCGGACCGUGGCGCUGCAGGAGAUCAUGGACACACUGCGGCUGAAGCGCUGGCACGACAGGGAAUGGGACAUCAGAGCUUGCAGCGCUCACACCGGGGAGGGGAUCGCACAGACCAGGCAGGCUGUAGCUGCACUUGUCAAGAGAGCGCAACUCAAGAAAAGGGGCCUCGGUUCUCCCAGUCUCGUAGGGACCGAACACAAGAGAGAGGCACCGGCAGGGGCUGACUGUCCAUCUGGGAAUGGAUCACCAUCUGCAUCUGAAAUACGCCCGUGUCCACCCACUGCCACUCACACACGACACCGGCAAUGCUGCACUCAGGACUGAGUGGCGUUCAGCACAUCCAGACUCGUGUCAUUCAAGACUCGUUUCCUGCAAUAUGGGACAAUCAUGUCAAUCGUUGCUUUUUGUUUUCUCUCUCACUCCUGCUUCACUGAAAUGCUUCCCAUACAAUACCAGACUUGACGAAAAUGCAAAAGGUUUAAGAUUCGUUUGGACAAAAGUUCACCUCCGGCCUAAUGCUUUCUUUACAGUGCGUACACCAUAUGCUGUGAAGGUACAGAAAUGUUUCAUUGCAUAUUGUUAUUUGAAGC